AUGAUAUCUAGUUCCCCUCAAAAGUUGCUGCCCUCUCCCACCAAGAUCUCCCUUCCCCCCAUGCCUCCCUCGACACUAGUCGGCAACUGGAUCUUGCAUGAACAUUCCUUUGCUCCCCAGCGCGAGUACUUCAUGUCCUUCUGCGCGCAGCUCUCCCGUCGCCGUGUAGUCGACCAUCUCAUGAGCUUCCGCUUUCCUCAAGAGGAUAUCGAGCCCGUUGCCGUCCAUUAUUCGCGUCUCGCGCUCGCCGGCGGACCUAUGGCCGCCCUGUUGCGCGAGAAGAAAGAGGAGGAUGUCGUCAUGGGAACCCCGGGACGGGAAAAGGACAAGGAGAAUGACAAGAGCGAUUCCUCGAAAAAGGAAGACGGUAAGGGCAAGCCAGUCGAGAAGGAUGUGUCUUCAGAGAAGGAGGCCAAUGAGAAAGAAGCGGACCCCAUGCUCGACGACGAGCCCAGUCUCGUCCGCACCCCGGAUUCCCCGCCCCGUAAAUCCCCCGUGCUUUUAUCGGACGAUGACACCCCGCGCGUGUUUAACAUCAUUGUCAAGUUUCUGUAUUGCGAGGAAGUCCAAUUCAACUAUCUCACCUUUCAGGAAGUUGUCCAGCUCGCUGUCGCCGCACACCGCUGGCAACUGACAGAUCUGUAUAACGCCACUUUUGCUUACGUGAUGGAUCAAAACCUCCUGGCCGAUGGCCUGGGGAUCCGCACUUUCAUACCGCUUGUCAGCCACGCGGAAACGCCCGAGGCCUUCCGGCGCUACUUUUGCAUUGCCGUCGGGCAUCACUUUGACGUGUUGUACCCUCGGCUGAAGGCGAUAUCGCUGACAGAGUCGACAGCACCGGUCUCACUCUCCGUCCCACCGUUGUGGGAUGUUAUUGUAUCACAGAACAUGCUUUCGCAUGUUAUCCAUUGCAUCGGCUUAUAUUCCGAAGAGUCCUACGACCAGUAUCUACUCGACGUUGUUUUGCGCUACUAUGAACCCAAGAAGGGCUCCAUGGAUGAGGAGCUGCAGGGUCUGUUGUCGCAGCUCAACUGGGACGAGAUAGAGCUGUCGGAGACGUUUGCCUCUGAUGGUCCCAGCAAGAAUUGGUCUGCCCGUGCGAUUCGCAUGGCUGCAUUGGCUUCCUUUGAUGCGCCGCAAACGCAGGCGCUCGAGGUGCGCAUUCCAUGGAACAUUCCGCUGCAAAAACUGCUCAAGGAAAACACGUGGAGUUUCCAAACGGAGCAUGUCCUGUGCGGCCCCUACGUUUGUUACUUGCAUGUGAGAAAAGGGACUGGGCCGGAGGUUUCGCUGUUCGUGCACAUAUGGUAUCGCGAUGGAAAGCCGAUCGGCGCGGAUGCGCGCCAUGAGUCGGUUCGCGUGAAGUGUCGGGCGACAGAGCGUAACUGUCGUUGCGAUUCUGGAAGGCAGUGGUCCAAUACUUCGCACGGGUUCCUAGAAAAUUUGAGCUUUGAGGGAAAGCUGGAGGGGUAUCCAGGCUUGGGCUGGAGUCAGUUUUUGGAAGCGAAGAGGAUAGAGGAAUGGCGAACGAGUCACGGGGAAGGAUGCGGGCUCGCCAUAACGACGGUGCUACAAUUCAUGCGUCCCAAGAAGCAGUUUGAAGGACCCGCCAGAAGGAGCUUGCGCGCUCCUUCUCCGGGACGCGUUGUUAGCGCUAUUCAGAAGAAACAUUCUCGCCCAUCGACUAGAAUGAAGCUGAGGGAGUCGAGGUAA